AUGGACCUCAAAUCCUGCGUGGCCUUCAAGGGCAAUUUUUUCGCAACCAAGAAGGAGGAACACCGUCUUGUAGACGAGAUCCAUCCUUACUUCAAAGACUUAAUCCCUCUCGCCAAGGAGUGGCUUACGGCUUUGAAGGACAACAUGGAGAACCCUGUUUCCUUCAACACCAUCCUUACAUUAUUGAACACUCAUCUUGACCGCCUUCCGGAUGAUGAGGAGCUCAUUUCCACUGUCAAGAUGCUCAGAAAAUCUGCUGCUAUUCUCACAGACCGUGUCGAGAAGCGUGCUGCUUCGCAAUCUUUCCCCAUGGAAUUACCCAAGCAUCGGAAGGCUGAUGGUAUUUUGGAGACUGACAAUGAGUCAGAUGGUUAG